AUGACAUUUGACAAGUAUUUGAGUCCACAUGUAGACGAGACACAAGUUAUAUCCGUCGAUAAUAAAUCCUAUACUGUUCAUUAUCUAUCUAUCUAUCUAUCUAUCUAUCUAUCUAUCUAUCUAUCUAUCUAUCUAUCUCAGUUUGUUCAUUAUCUAUCUAGAAUGAUAUACUUAAUCUAUCUUAUACUGUUAAUUAUCUAUCUAUUUAUAUAUCUAUCUGUUUUUCUAUCGCAUACUGUUCAUUAUCUAUCUAUCUAUCUAUCUAUCUAUCUAUCUAUCUAUCUAUCUCAGUCUGUUCAUUAUCUGUCAAGAAUUAUACACUUAAUCUAUCUUAUACUGUUAAUUAUCUCUCUAUCUAUUUAUCUAUCGUAUACUGUUCGUUAUCUAUCUAUCUAUCUAUCUAUCUAUCUAUCUAUCUAUCUAUCUAUCUCAGCCUUCUGUUCAUUAUCUGUCAAGAAUUAUACACUUAAUCUAUCUUAUACUGUUAAUUAUCUCUCUAUCUAUUUAUCUAUCGUAUACUGUUCGUUAUCUAUCUAUCUAUCUAUCUAUCUAUCUAUCUAUCUAUCUCAGCCUGUUCAUUAUCUAUCUAGAAUGAUAUACUUAAUCUAUCGUAUACUGUUCAUUAUCUAUCUAUCUAUCUGUCUAUCUAUCUAUCUAUCUCAGUCUGUUCAUUAUCUAUCUAGAAUGAUAUACUUAAUCUAUCGUAUACUGUUCAUUAUCUGUCUAUCUAUUUAUAUAUCUAUCUGUUUAUCUAUCGUAUACUGUUCAUUAUCUAUCUAUCUAUCUAUCUAUCUAUCUAUCUAUCUAUCUAUCUAUCUAUCUCAGUCUGUUCAUUAUCUGUCAAGAAUUAUACACUUAAUCUAUCUUAUACAGUUAAUUAUCUCUCUAUCUAUUUAUCUAUCGUAUACUGUUCAUUAUCUCUCUAUCUAUCUAUCUAUCUAUCUCAGUCUAAUGAUAUACUUAAUCUAUCGUAUACUGUUCAUUAUCUAUCUAUCUAUCUAUCUAUCUAUCUAUCUAUCUAUCUAUCUAUCUAUCUAUCCAUCUAUCUCAGUGGAUCGUACCACAACACUAUCGUAUACUGUUCAUUAUCUAUCUAUCUAUCUAUCUCAGUCUGUUCAUUAUCUAUCUAGAAUGAUAUACUUAAUCUAUCUUAUACUGUUAAUUAUCUCUCUGUCUAUUUAUCUCUGGUAUACUGUUCAUUAUCUAUCUAUCUAUCUAUCUAUCUAUCUAUCUAUCUAUCUAUCUAUCUAUCGCAAUAUCCUCAUUAUCUCUAUCUCUUUUCAUUGUCUAUCUAGAAUGAUAUACUUAAUCUAUCUUAUAUUGUUCAUUAUCUAUCUAUCUAUCUAUCUAUCUAUCUAUCUAUCUAUCUAUCUAUCAAGAUAG